CACAUUAUGGAAACAUUUACGGAUAGAAUAACUCACUUUUAUUACUGUAAAAAUCACCAAGAAGAGAGUUUAAAAUGAAGCACAAAGACGUGUGAUGGUGGGACAAAAACGAUGAUUGUUUGAUGGGAGAUUGUUGUUGGGAACAAUGGUGGUCAGUAAUUGGCUGUUGGGAACAAUGGUAAUCAGUGAUUGGCUGUUGGGAACAACGGUAAUCAGUGAUUGGCUGUUGGGAACACUGGUGAUCAUUAAUUGGCUGUUGGGAACAAUGGUGAUUAGUAAUUGGCUGUUGGGAACAAUGGUGAUCAGUGAUUGGCUGUUGGGAACAAUGCUGAUUAGUGAUUGGCUGUAGGGAACAAUGGUGAUCAGUGAUUGGCAUUUUAGGAACAAUAGUGAUCAGUGAUUGGCUGUUGGGAAGAAUCGUGAUCAGUGAUUGGCUGUUGGGAACACUGGUAAUCAGAGAUUGGUUGAUGGGAACAAUGGUGAUCAGUGAUUGGUUGAUGUACACAAGUACAACUCAGUCAUACUGGUCUAACCAGCUGCUGCAAUCCUUGUACAUCAAAUACAUCCAGAAAAGAGCUUUUAAAAUAUCCUCUGACCACCCCCCCCCACCUUGCACUCAUCAUAUUUAACCCUUCCCUUGACUAAACAAGCUGCUUCAUAAACAGUUUCUUUCCUUCUGCUUUCAGAUAAUUCAGUUCAUAUUUAUUUGAUAACACGCUUCUUAGUUUCUUAGCUUCUUACUUUUUUAGCUUUUUACUUUUUUUUAGUAUAAACUUCUCAUCAAUUUGUUGGUUCCUGUUUACUUUUGUUAACGGUUUUCUACAUGACCCACGAUGCCAUUCAUCUGCCCUCUGAUAGCGGUGAUAGUGGGAAAUAGCUUGCUUCAUUCAUCUCUACCUACCAAUCAUUACUAAUCCAUCAGACCACUCAUCUAUAAUAACAGUGACCCAUAACAUUGCUGUUUUUCUUCUAAAUGUUGUUACAAUGAUGCUGUUAGAUGAUAUAUGCGACUUCGGUGCAGUAUGACUCUCUUCCCACCCCGAUUGUAAAACAAAAUGUGAUUGGUUGGAGCGAGAACGUGCUACAAUUGGUCAGUGCACUGUGGCGGUAAUCCGAUUGGCUUGAGUAGAUGGUGGGCGAAGUCCAACUAUUUGUGGAUUUGUGUGCACUUUUGACGCUAGAAAUGUUUCAUAACCUACAAAUGCACAGGACUCACAAAUGAAUGCAAGGCAGAGUUGUGUUUGUGACAUAAAAAACUAUUUGUAAUUUUUUUUUUUUUUUUAAUAUUUGCAAAUCACAUUUAAUUUCUUUUUCUGAAACCACUAACAUAUAUAUUUGUGGAUCUCCUUCAACGCAUCUGUGAAUUUGUUUAAUUUUUGUAAAUCUCACUACAUUUAUUUGUGGAUCGUAAUCUUUUUAUUUGGAAUUAUGAAACAAUUCUAACCUCCAGACAUUAGAAUACCCAAGAAAUGGCUUAAUCCCUAGUUAGUGCUGUACACUCAGAAGAACCAGCGGUCGAUUUGAGACGCGCCCUGGUGUGUGCAAAAACUGAAUGCGCGUCUGGCACCUGCCUAUGCGCUUCAACCUGACCAGCGCGCUUCAACCUGACCAGCGCGCGCGCUGCCAAUAGAUCAUCUAACAGUAUUCGUGGAAGGAAAAAAGAAAAAAGUUUGACCAAAAAAAAAAAAAAAAUUUUUUAUAAAAAAAAGUCUAAUUUGCUCCCACUUGUGGGGUGAAAUAAUAGCUAGAUAUACCGUUAUUCUGAUAACCACAACAAUGUACAACAACUACUACUAUUAAUAAUAAAUAACAUCAUCAUCAUCAUCAUGUACAAUAGCAGUGUUUUAGCUAAGAGCUGGCAGCUGAAGCCCAACAAAUAUAUAUUUAUUUUAAACCUAGAAAUAAAACUAAACCUGGGAAAUAUCACGUGUCAAUCUUAUGCCGUUUUAACUGGCAAUUACAGCAACUCUAAAUAAGUGAGCUCAAUUCGAAUAAUUUAAUGUUAAAUGCUCAGAUGAAGGCAGAAAUAAUAUCCACAGUGUUGUUAUUGUGUGCCGUUCACGGUUUUGCUAGCUAGCCAGCUACAGUAGUGGUGCUAUGUCUAUGUCUGUGGAGAGCAGACAUGCAUGUAGCAGACUUCAUUGCCGGCUCUGUUGGAGGAGCUUUUGGAGUGGCAGUGGGCUAUCCUCUGGACACUGUUAAGGUCAGGAUACAGACUCAGAGGAAGUUCGUUGGGGUUUGGCAGUGCAUUCACACCACCUGCAGGAAUGAAGGGGUGUACGGCUUCUAUAAAGGUAUGUCGAUGCCCAUCACUACAGUGUCUAUCAGCUCGUCUGUGGUGUUUGGCACAUACAGGAAUGUGCUUCAGGUGUUGCACCACCUGCGGGGUAAAAGCGCAGAUGCCCCCAAUGCCAAAAAGGACAUCUUUCUAGCAGGCUUCGCUGGGGGGAUUGCUCAGGUUUCAGUAAUGUCUCCGGCGGACAUUGUGAAAGUACGUCUUCAGUGUCAGACCCAACUGUAUCAGCGAUCUGACCUCACAGCCAGGCCUAAAUACAACGGGCCUGUACACUGUCUAUUAACCAUCGCCCGUGAGGAAGGAGUGCUGGGCCUUUACAAGGGAGCUGGAGCCUUAGCUCUAAGAGACGGUCCGUCUUUCGCCACCUACUUCCUUGUCUAUAACACUGUCUGUGACCGUCUGUCUCUGGACAAGAAUGCUCAGCCAGAGUGGAAGGUGGUGAUGUUUGCUGGAGGAUUUGCAGGGAUGUGUGCCUGGAGUGUUGGGACCCCCAUGGACGUGAUAAAGUCCCGCUUACAGACUGAUGGUGUGGGCAAGAGACACUACAGAGGAUUUUUUCACUGCAUAACAGAAAGCAUCCGAACUGAAGGAACUGCCGUUCUUUUUAAAGGCCUCAUGCUGAAUUGUGUACGCGCCUUUCCAGUCAACAUGGCAGUAUUUGCCAUGUACGAGCUGAUCAUUCGCUUUCUACGACCAAAGUCAUAGGUCAUUCUACUUAUCAUACUGCACUUACUCGCAUAUCACACCAUGAAUACGUGGAAACUGUUGAGAGAAUUCGGGAAAAUCAUUCUCGAGUGACAAACCUGGUUUGAUGGUGGACUUAAUGAAAGUUUAUUUAUGACGUUUUAACUGGUUUGCAUUGAUUUGCAGUGACUACCUCUACUGAAAGCUUAAUAUAAUUUUAAUGAAUAUAUUUAUAUCUGCAUUAUGUUUGAUCAUUUCCUGGUGAAACUAACACUACUGCUUCAUAUUGCCCAUUGUACUACAUAUCAUAACUUAAUGGAAAACUGUAUUAAGAGUCAUUUGAACACACUUUAAACUGUUCUCACUAAAAGGGACCAUUUUAAUAGCCUAUCAUUCUUGUUGUUUUAAGCUAAUAUCUAUCUACCCUGUCUGUAGUUUGUGUAAUACAGUGGUUGUGUGUUACUAACAUGUAGGUCUGAUGGAUACCUCAGAACCUUAGGGACAGUGAAGUAACCAGAACUUUUGUUUUGGAAUGUUAAUAAUGAUAAUAGUGUGUAUGGGGAGCUCAGCAGAACACCAUAUAUAUCAGAUGACGAACUGGUAAAUACAACCUCACUCUGUUUGGAUGCUUAUCAGAAGAUAUUCCAAUAAUCAGAAUUAAAAAAGGAUGGAGUUUUUUUGUAAAAAUAUUAAAGAAAUAUGUUUGUUUGUUUUUUUCAAACAAAUGCUUCUUGCAAUUAAAUCGGAACAUGGACAGAAGCAGUGAAAAUUCACACUUGUGUAUUAUCCAGAAGCCCACAUUUCCUAGUUCCAUUUCUUACGGACAUUAACGUCUAUUAAUGCACCACACAUGAGGUGGAUAGAGAUUACUAUCAUUUUCUCUUAACAAAGAAACUACUGGAUAUUUAAUUUCCUAAAAUUUUUAUUUUAUUUUGAAAUUAAUAUAUCAGUGUACUUGAAUGUGAUUAGUUUGAUUUGUGUGUGAUUGAGACAACUGUA